AUGACGAGCACGGCGAGCGCGCCAGCCCUCGACGAGACUGCGAUCGAGAUCAAUCGGAUGCGCCGCGAGUGGGAUGAGCUCUCGCGUGAGCGCGACUCCUACGUUGCGCGCAUCGAGGCGAUGCACAGCGAGACGGCCGCCGAUCGGAUCAAGUAUCCAAACGCAUCGAUCGCCAGCUUGCUGAAGCUCACGCUCGCCGCGGACCGCGCCGAGGCGCAGAAGCGGCUGCGGCUCUCGCUGGAGCGCUCUAAAAAGGAGAAUUUUGAGCGGUGGCAGCAGGAGCAGGUCAGCAAAGAGCGGGCGGCGAUGCGAGCCCUCUCCAGCCGGGGCAGCAAGGUCACCGAGAAGGAACGGGAGGCGAGGUUUCAGGCGCUCGAGCGCGAUGCCAAGAACUGGGCCAAGCGGAAGAAUGAGGCGCGCACGCGGUCCCCGGAGCCGCCGCCACGCCCACCGGACACGGAUGGGAAGAAACCGCUUCGCCUUGGAGAGUGGGACCUCGAGCGCAGCACUGCCAGGCUGGCGACACCCAAGAAGGUCUUCAAAAGGCCUCAGUCGGCCCGAAACCAAUCGCCGGCAUGGCGGCCACCUGCGCAGCGAAGCGUGCCGAUAGCAGGGUACGAAACGCCGCCGAAGCCGAGGCGGCGGCCUGCCUCAGCCCGGCCGGCGACUCCGUCGCGGGGGGCGCCUUGGGACGAUGCCGCGCUGGCGGUGCUGGCGAACCUAUUCCAGCAGGCAAACGAGGUCUGA